AUGGUAAUUGCUAAAGAACUGCUUGCAGAAGAGUUACCCCAAGGAAAACGAGCAUCAUCAUGUCCAAAUGAUCAAGAAGAACCACUUUUAAAAGGUGUCAUUAUUCAAAGGCCACCUUUAGAAGAACUAUCCACAGGAGAAAGAGAAUAUGCUACUCUAUAUCAUUCUCAAGUAAAAACCUUAGAUGAGCUGAUACCCCAAAGAGAAAGAGCAUCAGCUGCUCCAAAUGAUCAAGAAGAACAACUAUUAAAAGGUGUUUUUAUUCAAAGGCCACCUUUAGAAGAACUAUCCACAAGAGAAGGAAAAUCAUCUGCUCCACAUCCUUUUCAAGGACCAAUAUUAGAUGAGGUUGUAAUUGCAAAUGAACUCCCUGCAGAAGAGCUACCCCAAGGAGAAGGAGCAUCAUCUGCUCCAAAUGAUCAAGAAGAGCCACUGUUAAAAGGUUUUGUUAUUCAAAGGCCACCUUUAGAAGAACUAUCCACAGAAGAAGGAGAAUCAGCUACUCAAUAUCCUUCUCAAGGACUAAUAUUAAAUGAGGUGGUAAUAUCUAGAGAACAACCUACAGAAAAAGUUACCCCAAGGAGAAGGAGCAUCAGCUGCUCCAAAUCAUUAAGAAAACCACUAUUAAAAGGUGUUGUUAUUCACCGGCCACCUUUAGAAGAACUAUCCACAGGAGAAGGAGAAUCAGCUACUCCAGAUCCUUCUCAAGUACCAACAUUAGAUGAUGUGGAAAUUGCUAAAGAAUUGUUUGCUGAAGAGUUACCCCAAGGAGAAAGAGCAUUAGCUGCUCCUAAUGAUGAAGAAGAACCACUGUUAAAAGGUGUUGUUAUUCAAAGGUCAUAUUUAGAAGAACUAUCCACAGGAGAAGAAGAGUUACCCCAUAGAGAAGGAGCAUCAGCUGCUCCAAAUGAUCAAGAAGAACCAUUGUUAAAAGGUGUUGUUAUUCAAAGGCCACCUUUAGAAGAACUAUCCAUAAGAGAAGGAGAAUCAACUACUCUUCAUAUAGAAGUAUAUGCAGUGGAUAUUACAACUAUUGAAAGGUCACGUGAAGGAGAAUUACCCAAGGGUGGAGGACUGUUCCAAAUCCUCAUGUAA